UAUGAGUUUCAGAGAUUUAGAAAAUCCAGAGUAGGCAGUCUUUAUAUCCUAAGAUUUAUUAAAUGAAUCCUUUUCGCAAAUUUCACAAGAACAAAAUGCUGAAUAACAAUAAGAAUUUGUCAAUAAUAAUGAGAUCUAUCCUCAAUUCAGUCAAACAUAAAAUUCUCACAUUCUCUCUGAAAUUAUCAAUACUCCAUCUCAACCUAAAUUACAAACUAAAAAAUCAAUAUUACUUCCCUAAUCAGGUGGAUUAUUUUCUUAUUUAAUUGAUAAUCAGAGCAGAAUAUAUGAUAUCUUUUAAAAUUUCCUACAUCGAUUAUUUCAAUACUAUUUUAUCAAAAAAGUGAUGGAUCAGAAUAUCAUACAAAACUAUAUUGAUUUAUAGGCAGUCAAAAGAAAACUAAGUUAUGUUUAAUAGGUGUAUAAUUAAACCUUUUGUGCUUUAAAAAAUAGCAUAUAAUAUUAUUAAGAUAAGAUUUUGAUAUUGACAUCAGAAAUAGAUAAAGAAGAUCCUUAUUCUUUAUUGACUUAACAUGAAAUUGAUCUUAGAAGAGGAUUACAUGAUUUCUAUUAAUUUAUAGAUUCAGAAGACUUACUUACAUCUAGUAAAGGUAUGGGAGGAAGUUAAAAUAUGUAUUUUAUUCUAAUAUAUUUCAAAUUAGUAGUCAAUAUAAAACAAUUUAGAUUGAAGUAUUCAAUCCAGCUGAUUUAAAUUCACUUGACAAAGUUGCUUAAUUUGUUUUAAAUAGUAUUGAACUAGAAUAAAUAAAUAUUACAGCAACACAAUUAUUGAAUGAUGAUUUGUCAUUGAAUUUACUUAAAAUAACAAUGUAAUUGUUAUAGAUAUGGCAACAUUUAUUUAGAUUUUUGAAUUAAAAUGAUGUUAGCAAUAUUUAAUUCAAUUAUGAAGUAGAUUAAGCUAAUCAUAAUGCUGCAAUAGUUGCAGCUUAAACAUUUUUAUUAGUUCCUUUGGAUAUUGCAAACAAGAUUUUGAAAGGACAUUAUAAAGAACUUAUUAAUUAUCAUCUAAAUUCAAAUAAUAAAUUACCACUUAAAGAGGAAUAUGAAAAGAAAAAAGAAGAAAAAGGUUAGGCUAAAUUGUAAUAUACACUUCAUUUUGAUAAGACAGAAAACUUAAUAAAAAUAGCAGAUGAUGCAUUAACAAAUGAAGCAGAGAAUUUUUCAUUUUCAAAUGCUGAACAUUCAUUAAUGGAAGAAUAAUCUGAUUAAUAAUAAACAAUUCAAAAAUAUAAUCAUAAAUAUUAAUUAAAUUCAGAAUAAUAUAAAUAAACAAUACUAGAUCAGGCAGUUGAAUUAAGUUUUAAAGGGAAAAUUAAUGAAUCUCAUUUAUUAGAUAUAUAACCUCCAAAACAUAGAUCUUAUAUAACUGAAAGUGGAUAAUAACUUUUAAGAAUUACACCAAUUACAAUUACUACUUUAAAUUGUCAUAAACCUAUAAUUGAAUUUAAUCAUAUCAAUUAUUUUAUUGAUCCAUAAAAAGAAUUUCUACAUUAUUUCAAACCAAAUACAAAAUAUUUCUUUUAAUGGUAAAUUGAUGCUGAAAAUGUUUAAAAGAUUAUUUGUGAUGUAGAACAUUAAUUUACAAAUGAAUUGAUUUCAUUUGCAUCUAAAGAAGGAAUCAUAUUUUUAUUUAAUCCAUUUUCUUAGUCUGCUGACAAUGCUUUCUAUAGAUAUAAUGAAUAAACAUCAAUAUUGUAAGCUUUACCUAAUAUGAUUGAAAAAAAAAGAAAUUUUAGAGUUGCUUAAAUAGGACAUUAUAUUUAUUUAAUUGGUGGUGAAAAUUAAAAUAAAUAAGUAAGUAAUACUUGCGAAAGGUUUAGUCUAAAAACAUUAGAAUGGUAAAAGAUUAAAUCUAUUUAAAUUCCUUUAACAAAAGUUAAUCUUGUUGUUUUUCAAUAAAGAUAUUUGGUUAGAUUUGGAGGGUUGAAUCGUUUUGAUCAUUUUGAUAAAACUAUAGAAAAGUAAAUUAUUAAAUAAUUAUUUAUAGGUAUGAUACUAAAAGACAUAAGUGGUAUCAAAUAAAAUUGACAAGUGGAUAAGAUUAAAUAUUUAAAUUGAAUAGUGUUUGUCUGUAAAUCAAUUUUAAUUCAAUUUUAAUAUUUGGAGGUUAAAAUGAUAAUGAUUGUAGUGAUGCAACAAUAUAAUUACUUACAAUUGAUGAAGUUGAUAAAAAAAAGAAUGAAUAUGUUGCACAUCUUUAGGAAUUAAAUAUCUAAUAAUAAUUUCUAUCAUUUAUUGGUUAAUAUGAUUUAAAUGUUUACUACUAACAUGAUAGAAUUUACUUAUUUAGAAAAAACUACAGUUCAUUAUUAUUAUGA